AAAGUAGCAGGAACCCAUAAUUGUGUAGGACCUCCAAGCAAGAAGCAUCAAAUUAUUGAAGCUAUGUUGGCUACGUUGUGACAUGGUGACCGUAUCUGAAGGAUAGCCACAUUAGCUUCACAUGCUCUCCACAUUGAAAUGAAUAGCCUUGUCUCCUCAUAAUUCUUGCACUUUAUAUAUAACAUCAAGCUUUAUUUGAAGAAAUAUCUACCUCUGAGAGGAAAAGAGAAAAAACAAAAAACAGCAAUGGCUACUAAGUAUCAUACAAGAUCAAUUAGCUUGCCUUCAAGAUUCCAUCCUACAACCCUUAGAGUAAAAGAAGAGCUUAACAAGCUCAAAACAUGGGAGACAACAUCAACGUCAUGGUCAAUUUGCAUUGGCCUGUCAGGACUAGAAGACUUGUACGAAGGUGUUAAUGAUCUACUCAACAUGUCAUCAGCACAUGAAAUCCUCACCCACCAUCGAAAUGAAAAAUGUAUCGAUGAGUUUUUGGAUGGAUCUGUAAAGUUCUUAGAUAUCUGUGAGAUUACAAGAGAUGCCAUGUCACAGUUUAAAGGGCAAGUUCAAUCUCUUCAAUCUGCACUUCGUAGGAGAAAAGGGGAUUUGAGCAUCGAAAGCAGUAUUGUUAAUUAUGCUUGCUUCAGAAAGAAGAUGAAGAAGGACGCCAAAAGGUUUAUUGCCACCUUGAAGCAAAUGGACAGCAAACCUGAGGCAUCUAUGCUUCAAGAUCCAGAGCUUAACUUCAUUCAAUUGCUUAGACAAGUUAUUGUAACCAAUAGUUUUAUCUUCCAAGCUCUCUUGUCAUUCUUGGCAGCAUCAAAGACAAAGCACAGUAAGUGGUUAAUUGUUUCAAAGUUGAUGCACAAGGGAGCAAUAGCAUGUGAAAUUGAGAAUGAGUUACAAAGUGCUGAUGCUGCGUUAACCAAGAAGACCGACUUCGAGAUGAUUCAAAGGCUGGAUGAUGUGGAAAUAUGCAUUCAAGACAUUGAGAAUUGCUUGGAAAGAGUGUUCAGGCGCUUAAUUAAAACACGAGCUUCCAUUCUGAACAUAAUCUCCCAAUAGACUCUUCUAGUCCAAAAUCCUGCUAAGGCAUCCAAUUUUAUAGAGGAUCUGCCUAGGAAUUUCAAUUUUCAAGUUUAAAGCAAUAUAUGUACAUAAAAUCAAAUUCGUGAAUAUACAAUGAAAUACAUACAAGUUUUACUAUAUCCAUUUUGUGAUGAUUUGUAUUUGUU